GUGGUAUCCCCGCCCACCUGUCUUCACAUCACCACCCCUCUCGCCGCUUUCAAGCGCGGAGAUUGGCUGUAAGCAAGAAAGAGCCCCGCCCCUAGUCUUAUGACUACCGCUGAAGCGCCGAUUACUGGCUUUUGCAACGCUGUGGUCGGUGGUCACUCGUGCUCUUGACCCAGGUCUAGCGAGCCUUUUCCCUGGUGUUGCAGCUCUUAUUGUACCGCCGCCGCCGCUUGCUCUGCGGAAUCAUGGUGUGCUUCCGCCUCUUCCCGGUUCCGGGCUCAGGGCUCGUUCUGGUCUGCCUAGUACUGGGAGCCUUGCGGUCUUAUGCAUUGGAACUUACUCUGCAAGAUUCAGGAAAAGCCACUUGCCUUUAUGCAAAAUGGCAGAUGACUUUCAGAGUACACUAUGAAACUACAAACAAAACUUAUAAAACCCAAACCAUUUCAGACCUUGGUACUGUGACAUAUAAUGGAAGCAUUUGUGGAGACGAUCAGAGUGGUCCCAGAAUAGCUGUGCAGUUUAGAUCUGGCUUUUCCUGGAUUGCGAAUUUUACCAAGGCGGCAUCUACUUAUUCAAUUGACAGCAUCUCAUUUUCCUACAAUACUAGUGAUAACGUAACAUUUCCUGAUGCUAAAGAUAAAGGAAUGCAUACUGUUUAUCAUCCUCUGGGCAUCGAAAUUCCAUUGAAUGAGCUUUUUAGAUGCAAUAGUUUAUCAACUUUGGAAAAUAAUGAUGUUGUCCAGCAAUAUUGGGAUGUUCACGUACAAGCUUUUGUCCAAAACGGCACAGUGAGCAAAAAUGAGUUCCUGUGUGAUAAAGACAAAACUUCGACAGUGGUACCCACCAUACACACCACUGUGCCAUCUCCUACUACAACACCUACUCCAAAGGAAAAACCAGAAGCUGGAACCUAUUCAGUUAAUAAUGGCAAUGGUACUUGUCUGCUGGCUACCAUGGGACUGCAGCUGAACAUCACUCAGGAUAAGGUUGCUUCAGUUAUUAACGUGAACCCCAAUACAACUCACUCCACCGGCAGCUGCCAGUCUCACACUGCUCUACUUAGGCUGAAUAGCAGCACUAUUAAGUAUCUUGACUUUGUCUUUGCUGUGAAAAAUGAAAACCGAUUCUAUCUGAAGGAAGUGAACGUCAGCGUGAAUUUGGUUAAUGGCUCUGUUUUCAGCAUUGCAAAUAACAAUCUCAGCUACUGGGAUGCCCCCCUGGGAAGUUCUUAUAUGUGCAACAAAGAGCAGACUGUUUCAGUGUCUGGAGCAUUUCAGAUAAAUACUUUUGAUCUAAGGGUUCAGCCUUUCAAUGUGAUAGAAGGAAAGUAUUCUACAGCUGAAGAAUGUUCUGCUGACUCUGACCUCAACUUUCUUAUUCCUGUUACAGUGGGUGUGGCCUUGGGCUUCCUUAUAAUUGUUGUCUUUAUCUCUUAUAUGAUUGGAAGAAGGAAAAGUCGUACUGGUUAUCAGUCUGUGUAAUCAAUUAAAUCAAAUGCUUUUUGGGUUUUUUUGCAAUUAGAAGUUACUUUUCCAUUGGCUAAAAGCCAGGACCAGCUGUGCAAUAGAUUGUGUAAGAUAUACAGACUAACUUCAGUGGCUUGCUAGCUGACUUGGGCAUGAGUACACUUAUUUAAGACAAAAAAUAUUAGGAACAAUUUUUUUCUGUUUUUUUCUUCCUUUGUUAAAGUAUAAUUAAAAGAACAAUUGUGGCUUAUAAUUUUUUAAGGCAAUAAUGAUUUUAAGCCCUGGAUCCAAUUAUGAAAGCAUUUUUACUGAUGUGUAAUUUUAUAUGUUACAGUUACUUAUAUUUUACUACUUUGAUGUUACUUGUAAUAUCAAAGUUGUUAGAGAAUUUAACUUGCUUCAGGAAAAAAAUUUAAGAACAUAAUGAAUUCAUUUUCAUUGGUGGCAGACAUGAAACUCAAUUCAUGAUAAGACUUCCUUUCCCCACCUCCUAAUUAGCAUUACUUAAAUCCAUGUUUUUCUGUUAAGAAAGAAAUGGCUUCAUAUUAUAUUUAAUAGCAAAAAGUCUGGCUGUAUUCUCCAUUACUGUUAGUAACUACUAUAUUUUAACAAGGAGAUUUCUUUUCCUUUUUUUAUUUUUUUGUUCUGGAGUUUGAAAUCUGCUGAUUAUCUCAGACUUGACAUUUACACUGAAGGAUGAAGUAAGACCUUCAGCUUUUUUAAAAAGGUGUUGAUUUGGAACACCUAUAUGGGUUAUGGUUUAUUAAGUUGUUAUUUAGAAAGUUUUUUUCCCCUCAGAGCCUUAACUUAUUGAGAAGGUUCAUUUAUCCUGCACUGAAAACAAAAACUCUAUAUACUUUGUGUGCCUCCUGCACUCUCCAAUUCCCUACAUGAAUAUACUCUAGCUGAUAUUUUUCAUAUACUGAUUUCUUUUUUCUCUCAGCAACAAGAGCUUACUCUAGAGGCUAGUGGGCCCUGAUGUGUUGUCAAUCAGAUGGCUGCCUAGCCAAAGCUGGACCAAGACUAUCCUGUAAAUUUGUUGAUCUUGAUGUAGAUUUAUAUCCCUGUAGGGAACUCUGAUGGCUCUGGCUUCUGGAGUAAGGUACUAGAGACCGCUUAUCCCCAUGUUUGCUUGAUUGGUUCAGCUGUCGAAUGACCCUUUUAUUUGGAAACAUAGUGUUGAAGUUGUCUAGGGUCCAAAUGGCUGCUUUGUACACCUAUCAUUAGUGUAAGUCAGAUGUUUAUUUUAUCAAGCUAUUUUAUCUCUACAUUCAACUAAAAACAAAAGUUCCCAAAGAUCUGCCUUCACUUCAGAUUUUUUUUUUUUUUUUUUUGGAUUGAAAAAGUUAAACCUGAACCUUAACUAAAGUGAGUUGGUUAUUAAAUCCAAGGAUUAAGUCCCAAUCUACCUCUCAGCACAAUGCAGAUGCUCACCACUGUAUUGCUGCCAUUAACUCAUGCCAGAACUCUUUGCCAAUAACUGGAAUUACAAAAUUUUGUUAAAGAAAAUUUAUCAAAAUCUUCCUUUACUGUCUUGUCUAUAUGUACAUCUCAAAAACAUAUAUUCCAAACUGGAGUAGAAAGUUAGAUUGCUCAAUUACAGCUCCUCUAGAACUCUAUAGCUCUGACAUGCAGAUUCACACUCUUCUCUAUUUGCUAAGUACGUAAAGAAUGUUUUCUUUUAACAUGUUCUCUUUGGAGAACAACUGCUUGUUAUAAAAGCAUUUGGUUAAAAUGAUGGCACCAUAAAGAAUAGUGGCUUCAUUUCAAUACAUAUUUCUAAGAUGAUUGUCUAGAAGCCAGAUUAAUUAAAUCAGCUUGUGACCUCGCUAAGCAUAUACAUUGGAAAUUCAGAUACAUUCAAAAUUAUGGGUUCAUUUACAAGCAUUCUACAUUUUGGGCAUAAGACUAAUAUCACUAAUUCCUCAAUAGUUAUCAUGGCUCUGUCUUAAUUAAUUAGAAAAUAUGUAUAUUUAAUUCUUUGAGAAUUAAAAUACAGAAUAUUAACAGAGGGUUAAAAACUGCUUCAACUCCAAUAAGAUACAGAAAGCUCAAAAUCUAUGAGCUGAGUGAUCAAUUAGCUUUGCUUGCUGAGUUCAUUUUUAUGUCAACACAACAGUGGAUCAGACAGUAUGACUUUGAACUCAUGAAUGUAAAGAAUUGUUUUUCAUCUAAGCUGCUUUAGAAGGACUGAUCUUGCUGCUAACUAAAGUUUUGGAUGUAUCAGUUUAGAGAACUAAUUAAUACCUGCAAAAUAAAACAUACUGUGGUACUCCUGUUUGAUCUAGUAUGUGUGGUUUUAGAUUGAUGGAUUAAAAAAUAAUAAAGAUCAUACAUUCCAUGCCA